UGAGACGUAGAUGAAGCUUUCUUCUUGUAUAAGCCUUGGACUCCUGCAAUGGGUACUGGGAAGUCUAAAAUAGACGCUUGCCCUCUUUCUCUCUCUUGGCAUAAAAGCCACAGUGUGGAGUCAGCAUCCAAGAAAUGUGAAGCUGUGUCCUCCUGUGGUACUGCAGGGUAUGGCAAUAGGACAGAGGGGCCAACAAGAGAGCAGGCGGGAGAUGAGGCCACGGAGAAGGUGCCAGAAGAGGAAGCAGGAGAGGAUGUGUUCCUGAAAUUUGUGAUCCUGCAUGCAGAAGAUGACACGGACGAGGCCCUCCGGGUCCUGGAGCUGCUCCAGAACGACUUCGGCAUCAAGCCAGGCAUGAUCUUUGCUGAGAUGCCCAGUGGCCGGCAGCACCUGCAGAAUCUGGAUGAUGCGGUGAACGGGUCAGCGUGGACCAUCUUGCUGUUGACAGAGAACUUCUUAAGGGACACCUGGUGCAACUUCCAGUUCUACACAUCCCUGAUGAACUCGGUGAACCGGCAGCACAAGUACAAUUCUGUCAUACCCCUGCGGCCCCUGAACAAAGCCCUGCCCCGUGCGCGCACGCCCCUGGCAUUGCAAACCAUCAAUGCCUUAGAGGAGGAGAGCAGUGGCUUCUCCACGCAAGUAGAAAGGAUCUUUAAGGACUCUGUGUAUAAGACACAACGAACUAUAUGGAAGGAGACACGAAAUGCGGUUCAAAGACAGUUUACUGGGGCUGGGAAUGUGGUGUAGUGGUAGAGUGCUUGCCUAGCA